AUGUCCAAAUUUUCAAAGAAGAAAGUUGAAGUUCUCAAUACUCAUCCAAUAGAAAUAGAUGACUUAGAAGAGUCUGAUCAAGAUCUUUCAAAGUCAGGCUCUUUAUUCUCUGCUAUAUUGAAAUCUCUUGUAGAUAAAAAUAGCAAUAGUUCUAAGAGAGAUUUAGAGGAGCUGGACGAUCUUACUCCUCUAAGCCAAAGAAUGUUCCAAAAUAUAGAUAUCAUUGUUGCUGGAAUCAUUGAUUUGACACAAAAGUUCGAAUCUAAGACUACCAAAGUUGAACAUGAAUCAAAAGACACUUUAGAUCAAGAAAUUAGAGAAAUAUUAAAAGAGUACUAUUUAAAAAUUCAAACUGAUGAGAAAGGAUCAGAAGUAUCAGAGCAUCAUUUUACAAAUUGAUUUGCCACAAAUCCACAAAUAGCUGACAUCUUUAGCGAUCAAAUCUAUAAGAAGUUAGUGAAAAUUCAUCCAGAAUUUCCAUCCGAAAAGAAGCAGCAAAUCCAGAAAUACCUUGAACUCUUUAACCAUCAGAAGAUUUAUAAUCAGAAUAUUAGCGAUAUUCCUGUAGAAGAAGAAGGAAGCCAUAGAGAUUCUAUUAGAGGAGAACUUAAGCAGAGUUCUUCAUAUCAACAAUUUAAGAAAGAAAUUCUGGAUCGAAAUGAGCAUAAACUAGAAAGCAGAGGCUUAUGGAGUCGCCAAGAUGAAUCCAUUAAUCUACUUCAAAAUCCAGAAGAUAAAGAAAGUCUCCUACAAGAGACAUGAGGAGAGGCCUUACAGAAACCGAAUGAGCGACUAAGCUACCAAGGCUUUAGAGAUUCAAGCCAAAAUUCUGAAGGAAAUAAAGAUAACCCAGCUUCAGUAAAACUUGUAGCACAUUUCCAGAGAAUCAAAGCAUUGAAUAAUAAAUCUGAAGAUUCUGAUAAAUUUCCUUCUCCAAAAGAAGAAAAUAAAAAAGUUGAAGUAGAUACAAGAAAGUCUGCAAUUCCUACUGGCACUGAGGCACACCAAAUAGGUAAGAGGUUUGGAAAAGGCCAAGCAAGUAUCCCUGAGUGUAAAAACCAAUUGAACUUAAGAGAAGUUCAGAAGGAACCAAUCAAGAAGAAAUAGUCAUAAAUCAAAUUUUAAAUUAGAGGAUAAAAAGCAUGAAGACAUAUACCAACUUCUAGAAGAUCUUAGUAGCCAGCAUGAUAAGUUGGUGACUCAUUUCACACCGAGCAAAGAUGGAUCAAUUAAAGACCAUCAGGACAUCGUAAAGAAGGAUGAUACUAUCAAUGAUAGCAAUCUUGGAAGCAGCCAAGAGAUUCCUAUUAACAACAUUGUAAUAGCUCAGGAAAGGUACAACUCCUUAAAGAAUCAGAAAAAAUUAAAUAAGUCUGCAAAAAAAUAAAGAAAAAUCAAGACAAUUUAAUUUCAUAAUAUGUGAUGGCAAAGUCUCGCCUCCAAAGAGAACCUCUUAUGAUAGAAAAUAAAUUGUUCAAGCUAUCUUCAAGUUCGCCUAUUAGGAAAGGAUACAAAAUUCCGAGUAAUUUACCUAACAGCACACAAAUAUCGACUGAAGCGAAUAAGCAAACAAAGAAUAUUCAAAAAUUUAAAACAAAGAUAGCCAAACUAGAAGCCCGAGAUAAAGUGUUGAGAAAAUAAACAGGAUACUUAUACUGCAUCAAAGAAGCAAGCUAAGGUCAAAAGGAAGCAUCUCUCCAACAUUGAUAAAGAUAUGAGAUACAUCAUUAAAAGUCUUGAGAAAAACCUAAUUGGAGAUCAAGAGAUGAACUCUAUAUUUUCAACAGGCCUCCAGCUGAAGGAUAGACUUAUCGAUCCGAUGAAAGCACAACAAUUUAUGCAGGAUGGCAGAAUGGAUAGAAUAAUUGAUGCUAUACCAACUCCAAGACACAAAAAGGCUGUUGAAUCAUCAAUACUCCAAGACCCAAAUGAGAGGAGGCAAUUGAUAAGACUUUCAAAGAAAUUCACUAAGGAAAUAACUAACAGCUAUCAAAGGAAAAUGUCUGAAGCCAAAAGAGCUUAUUUGAGAGGACCAAGAAUUGUAUCCAAGCUUAAAUCAAAAUCUAAUCCAGCUAAGCAACGAACAAUAUUUGACAUUAAGGACAGGAAUGCUCAAACUGCAUGAUAUAAGACCAGAAUGACAGUGAAUAAAUUUAAAAAUAGUCCUCCAAAGGUUGAAUGAAAGUCAAAAGAGUGUUACCAGAAUACAAAAUAUGGGCCAGCAUUUCGAUCAAACUCAUAUUCUAUCCGAAGGCCUAAAACAAAGCAAAGAGAAGCUCGAAAAUUAACUCUAAAUGCUACUUUUCUUCCCUAUUAUGAAAAUAAAGGAGCUGAUUGCUAUACAAAUGAUGAUCUUGUGAAGACCCAGUUUCAUUCAACAAAUAAGUUCUCUCAUAACAAAACUUUAAAGGAAUGGAAGGCUCAUCAAAAUAAGAAGACUUCACAUUCUCAGAUGAAGAACCCAGUAACUCACUCUCUAGAUGCAAAUUGUGACCGCAUGCACCUUCCUAGCUUUCAAAUAAGCGAAGGGUAUCCUGCAAAGUCGCAUAAAAUAGACAGACUGUUUAAUUACUACAUUCACAACUCUGAAGAGGCAACCAAAAAAUUAACAGGAAACGGUCAGAAAUAUUACGCGAUAGGGGAGGGUAAUAAUCAAAGCUAUAUGUAUGACUGAUCUCCUGGAUCUACUUCUCAUCAGAAGGAUUCCUCAUCUCCUCAUCCUCCCGCAAGAGUAGAUAGUUUUCAAAAAUCUCCAAAGAAUUUGAAGCAAUCAGUUAAUAACCAGUUGAAGAAUAAUGUCAACACAGGCAAACUUGAAAGCACUUAUAUUUAAAGCUCUAAAAUCAUUAAGUAAUUCAAAGCCUCAGACUGAUAAAAAGGCUCAAAAUCUAAUUGAUUGGGCUGAAAGUGAGAUUUACAAAAACAUUUGAACAGACUCAUUGACUGAUUUUAAUAAUGAAGGAGAUCAGACCUUUUUCUCUGAAGAAGAACUAUCUCAAGUAAUCGAUCUAGCUCAAGAGGAAGGAAUCCAAGAUGAAGCGAUGGUGAAGCCCUUCUUUUAUAAAUCAGCAAUGACUGUCAUGAAGCUGAUUCAAUACUGUGGUCUUGGUAAUACAAGAUAUUAUGAUUCAGUUAUGGAUCAUUAUAAGGACAAAAACAUUGAGAAUACACUCAAACUGCUUAUCAGAGCCAAACAGCUUUGAGCUAUUAAAAAUAUACUCAUAAAAUUACUAAAAGCCAUUCAUCGGAGAGAAGAGAUAUCUUCCAAAAUAACUGCCAUUCUGAAAUGUAAUGAUGAAGAAAAAGUAGACCUUAACAUUAAAAGACUGAUUACCUCAGAAUCAACGUUUCUAUUCAAGCUUACUCACAACAUCCUCAAGUGGAUCAAGGAGUUAUCCCAAGAGUCCAAACUAUUCGAGAAGAUCCCAUUUGUAUUUAAUAAUACCGUAUAUGACAAGCAUGUAAAGAAUGAAGUUAUUGCGAUCAAGAGAAUCAUUAGUCUUAAAUAA